AUGAGGUUUAACUAUGCUCGUGAUGAAGUUGAUUUGAUUGGUAAGGAUGUGGGUGGUGCAGAAUUGACUGGGUAUGGUAAUCGAAGAUAUUCCUCUGUUCUGAAAGCAGCUAGAGAUCGUGGGAGAAGUCACAUUAGCUUCAAAGAUUCUGACAAUGAUUCUCAUAUGAUUUCCCCAUCAGUCUGGAAAUCUGGAGGCCCAUAUCAUGUGGCUCGUAGGGCAUACCAGGAAGAUUCUGACGAGUGUUAUGAGACAGUUUAUGCUGCUCGUCUCAGUGACAGGACGAGGCCUAUGCUGUUUGAUGUGGAUUUGAAGGUUCAAGCAAGUUAUCAAGGUGAGCAUGUUCCUCUGGUUUCUCUGAUGAGCAGAUUGAAUGGCAAAGCAAUUAUAGGACACCCUGUUCAAAUUGAAAUACUCAAAGAUGGUUCCACUGAUCCACUUGUUUCUAGAAAUCUUUUUGUUCUGGAUGAAAAUACAGCAUGCCCACCUGUCUGGAGGACUGCAAGAAGAACUGCCAUGCAACGAGUUCCUCGUUCUAACCCAUCAGCCUUGGAUGGUGAAGAUGCUGGUGGUCUUCAAUAUAGAGACAGAGAAAGCAAACCUCAAGUUCACAACUACCAGAAGUUCGCAACCCAUAGGUUUGAUGUUUAACGACGCUUUAUUGCG